AUGUUUUAAUUACUUUAAUGGUUUGAAUCUGAAGGGAUUCAUACAGAGAGUAUAAAAAUUGCGGAACUUACUUAUGGAUGCAAUGGCGUUGUUGCAACUUAACCUAUCUCAUCAGAUCAAGUAUUUUUGUUUAUGCUAUGUAAAAGAUCAUAAUUAAAAUUCCACUUCAUUUGUGUAUAUUUAGUGAAGAUCUCUUGAAAAAUCAUUACAAAAGAUACAAGAAAUACUAUCCUCAUAUAUUCAAUAUUGAUUUAAAUGAAGACGCUGAAUUUAACUCUCUUGUUUUAUACAUGUAAAUAUAAGUCAUCAUUCUAAAGAUUACAAUAAAGAGAUAAUGAAAUGUCAUUGCAUAAGCCAUAUUUUGAUUAUGUAAAAGAUCCCUAAAAUAUCUUAUCUUCGACUUAAGAAUAAGUUGAUACCAUAUUGGAUGAAAACUUAAAGAUAACAAUUUAAAAGAUGAGGAUUGGUUUGCAAUUAAAUUUUGGCAGGUUUGUUACUUUUUUUAAAGAGCAAUUCAAAAAGGAACUUAAUUAUGAUUAAUUUUUAUAUGCUUACCAAUUUGUCAUGACAAGAUGCUUUGGAGGAGAUGAUCAUCUUCAAUCCCCUUGUUUGGUUCCUUUUGGGGAUAUGCUAAAUCACCAUGAUAAAUGUUAAACCAAAUAGAAAAUCAUAGGAACAGAUCUUGUGUUUAUUACAACUAAGUAAAUCCAAGAAAACGAAGAAAUAUUUAAUUUUUUUGGAGAACAUGGAAAUAGUUUCUUGUUAUGUUGGUAUGGAUUCACAUAUGACAAUAACAUUUACGAUAAACUAUAUCUGUUAUAUGAAGAUGAUUAGAUUAAAGAAGUGAGUUGCUAUGAAUUCCCUAAGUGUAAUUUCAAAUUAAAGUAUUACAAAGUUUGUUAAAGUAUAAUAAAUAAUGUAAAAUUUAGAAUUAUUAAGCCUAUUAGGAGAGUAGAGAUUUAUUUAGGUGAUGAUGGAAGUGCAAGCAAUCACUGAAAAGCAAUUGA